AUGAGAUUCUUCCAUCCACUGUAUCUCCUUCUGCUGCUGCUCACAAUCCUGCACAUCACCAGCGCCGAGAAACAAGAUUUUCUCAACCUGAGGCGGAAAUAUCGCAGACACAAAUGUCCAAAGAAGCGCUGUCUACCUCUUCACUCCAGAGUGCCAUUCCCUUGA